CCGGCUCGGGCACUCAUCGCCUGACCGUCCUCGGUGUAAGUGCUUUUAUUUUGCAGCAGUGCGCUAGUCCGUACCGAAACACCGACAAUCACCAUGAACGCCUCGCUGAUCGCCCUUCUGCUGUGCGCCUGUGUCGCCGUCGUCAUGGCCGGUCACUUCGGUGGCUUCGGAGGCUACGGUGGAUACGGUGGCGGCUUCGAGAGUGGCCUUGGCUACCACAAGACCGUGCCGGGGCCCUCAUUUUUGGUGAAGACCGUGCACCACGUCAGCAAGCUCCACAGUGGCGCACAUCUCGUCGGCGGACACUACGGGCACGGCGGAUACGGAGGUGGCUACGGAGGAGGCUUCAGCUUUGGAGGCCUCAAGCACUGAGCCGGAAGACAUGGUGUGGCCGAACUACGGCGCGGCAGCCCGCGUGGGGCUUCCGCGCCGAGUCGCGGGGACUUCUGCCACCGCGGCGAUGGUGUGGCGCCUGUGCGCGGCGCAAUACUGUAAAUUCGAGUAUCUUUCUGCCCUCAGCCAAGCUCAGGGGCACCGCACGUGGCGUACUUGCGCUGAUGGGUAACAAAGACAGAGGAACGCCGUUCUCAACUACAUUUGCUGAAACGCGAUCUAAUACCAGAGAUCAUAUUUGUGCCGUUGACAAGGCCGAUGGAGAGGCACCUUAUGACUGUAGGCUAUGCUAACGUUCUGGCUACUCUACUGCGCAGUACUUAGUGGUACUGACGGUCCGCUUUGUAUCUUUUCAUUUUUAUCAGUCUUGCGUAAAGCUGUCCUCGUGCGGUCACCUAAUUGCAAUGUGUUAAGCAACGAUCAAGGUUUUUCUUUCUUUGAUACGUGAACGGGCAACGCAUUUAGCCGCCCUUUUCUUCUCUGUCGCCUCUUGCUGAGACACUCAUAUUUUAACAAUUAUCGUUACACGCUGCUGUGCUCGCGUUGGUUUGCAAGCCGGCGCCUCUAUAAAUGACAGGACCUGCACUUGCCAACUUCAAAGCCGACCAAUGCUGUAAAUAGAAAAAAAAAGCGUAUCGUCUUGGCCAAAGCGAUCACGCAUCGUUCUUUUGCGGGAGACGUUGUCUAUGCCUGCCAUGAGUCUCACCUCUCUAUAUGCAUCGUAACAAAGCCUAGGUAAUUUGUCGAUGGUACUGCUAGCGAAUACGAUAUACGGUUACUGUAGGAAAAUGUUAGCGUAAGAUACUACUGGCCACAACAGUUGCUUGUUGAUUUUUUGCUAUGGUGACUGUACAUGUAUUCCUAUUUUCAGUAUGAUCUGUCUGGCGUCUAAAAUAAACUCCGCACUAUAGCCUGUAAUGUCAUUGUACUCUCGACGAAGAGAGCUCCUUCCUGUCUUUCAUGAGCGGCUGUUUAUCUGAGGUUGUAUUUAAACGUUCGCUUCCUAUGUCGAACCCAAAAUAAAGAGCCUAUGUCACAUUCUA